AUGCGGGAGACGUUACUAUAAAUUGCACAAUAUUUCCGACCAUUGGAGUUGUGAUUACGAAUACGGUUUUCCAAUAUAUGUAUUAGCAUAUUUCAAAAAUCCCCUAUCUCGUUUAUCCAACGUUUUCCUAGUAUUUCUAGUGUUUUGGAAACCGUAUGAGAUUGAAAACACCCCUCUUUUAGACGUUUGAAGCAUGCGGCGCACGUCUAGCUUGAAGAAGUUGAGCAGCAGAGAGAGCUUGAAAGGAUGCAGGGAAGAUGGCGAUGAAUGUAAAGAACAGAGAUGCUUUUUAUCCAAGAGCUGACUACUGCAAUAUCUACAGCUCUCAGCCUGUAAACUAUGGAGACUGCAGCCAUUAUUUCCCACGGAUGACAGGUCCAGACCCUGUUUUAAAACCACCUCUUAGCUUGUUAUGUCAUCAGCCGCCACAGCCCUUCCAGGCCAUGACCCCGAUCCAAAACCUCAGUCCCCCACCGAUGAUGAUGCCGCCGGACCCCUUGCGUUUCCCACACUGCACUCCUCUAGCCAUAAAGCCGCCCCCUCACCUCCAGUUGCCACCCAACCUGCCCAUUCCAGCACCCCCCGUCCUCAGUCCCAAGCCCCCUGAAGAAGACGGCCAGGCGGUGGGUGCUGACCAGGAAGCCACUCUGGAGGAGCUUUGCAAGCCUCUAUACUGUAAGCUUUGUAACGUCACUCUCAACUCUGCCCAACAAGCUCAGGCACAUUAUCAGGGGAAAAACCACAGUAAGAAGCUGCGCAAUUUUUAUGCUGGCAGCCAGCAGCCACCUCCCAUUAGAAUAGCAGAGGUAGUAGAGCCAGUUUCCCAGCAACCCUCAGCCACUCCACCCACAGAUUCUGCAAACGCGAUUGCCAACCAGCCAGUAUCUAAGGGCGCUAGCAGAGUCAUACUGGCCACAGAAAAUGACUACUGCAAGCUGUGUGACGCUUCCUUCAGCUCCCCCGCUGUGGCCCAGGCACACUAUCAGGGCAAGAACCACGCCAAAAGACUGCGGCUGGCCGAGGCGCAGCAGAACGCCACGUCCUUAGACUUGUCCAACACUCAGAGACGGCCACGGAAAGAAGGAUACGAGUACCGAUUAAUGAAGAACCGUAGGGUUCAGAAAAACACUGCCAUGCCAGGCCCUUACUACAACCCCCGGCCGAGGCAGCGUAUCCCACGAGACCUUGCGAUGUGUGUCACACCCAGCGGGCAGUUCUAUUGCUCAAUGUGUAACUCGGGUGCCAGUGAGGAAGCAGAGUUUCGUUUACACCUGGAGAGCAAGCAGCAUAAAAGCAGAGUGUCCGAGCAACGCUACCGUAGCGAGAUGGAGAAUCUGGGAUACACUUAA